AUGCGUGAAAAUCGUGAUGCGCCUGUAGACACGAUGGGUUGUGAAAGACUGGCUAGCGAAUCAGAAGAUCCAAAAACAAAAGCCGUGUAUAUAAAAAAGACAUGUGAAAUCCUAAAGGAGAAAUUUGACUCAGAUAUUCCAAGAAAUGUUAAGGAAUUGUGCACACUGCCUGGUGUUGGUCCAAAGAUGGCGCAUUUAGCAAUGCAAUGUGCCUGGAAAGAAGUAACGGGUAUUGGUGUUGAUACACAUGUGCACCGAAUCGUCAACCGUUUAAGAUGGACUAAGAAACCAGCUAAAACCCCUGAAGAAACUCGUGUUAUGCUAGAAGAAUGGUUGCCAAGUGACUACUGGAGAGAGAUUAAUUGGCUACUAGUCGGUUUCGGUCAACAAAUAUGUCGUCCAGUGAAUCCGAAUUGUGUGGAUUGCUUGAAUCGAUCAAUCUGCCCAUCUGCGUCAAAAGUGAAAGCAACAACCAAGAGUAAAUCAUGA